UUCCUACCUCUUUCUACCCAUCUCUUUUUCUCUCUUUCCUUUCUUCAUCCUCUGCCUUUCUUUCAUUCCUAUCAUCUCCUUCAUCUCUUUCAUUUCUCACAACCACACUAAUUAAUGGAGAUGAAGAACGAGAAUGAGAAUGAGAGUCACGACGAGUCGGUGCAACAGAUUCAACAUCCUUUUCAUAAGGAACAUCCCUUGGUGUUAGUGGCAGAGCAAAGCAAUAAAGGUCUCAAAGCUCACUGCCAUGGAUGUGGGGAACUGCUUUCAGCUCCAUGCUUCACUUGUAUUCAUUGCAAUUAUCACCUUCACAAGCAAUGUGCAGAGGCACCCAUUAAAAUUCAUAAUCACCCACUCCAUCCUAAGCACUCAGGCAUAGGUCUUUUUCUUCGACAAAGGCCAAUUUCUUCUAGCAGGGUAUAUGGUUGUGCAUUAUGCAAGGAAAAACGUAACAUGUUUUUUUUAUGAAUGUGAUUGGUGUUAUUUUUCCAUUGACAUCAAAUGUGCUCAAUUAUCCUCUUCAUUUAAGUUUAGCCAACUGUCCAAACAUGACAUCCACCAACAUCCAUUGACCUUCAUAGAAAGUCCCAUGGCCAUAGAUGUACUCAAAAGAUUGAACUGCUGCUGGUGUCAUGAACCAUUGACAGAUGCUAUAUUUUUUUGUUUCGAUUGUCCAUCAUUCAUCAUUCACAAGAAAUGCCUUGAUGAGUUACCCACUGAAAUUGAUCACCCUACACAUCGCUUACACCCUCUUAUUCUUAACCGUAGUAAUAGUGAUUACUUGUGCAACCUAUGCCAAAAGCAACAAUCCGGACCUUUUUACAGUUGUUCUCUUUGCCAUUUUAACAUCAAUGUUGAAUGUGCUUGGCCGAGGUCUACUGUUGAAGAUAAAAGCUGCCAUCAGCACCUAUUCUCCUUACUUUGGAGACAAGGUUCAUUCAUUUGUGAUGCAUGUGGCACUGAGGGAAAUUAUAUUUCUUGUAUAUGUUUGAAAUGUUGCAUCGAAGUCCACAAGAAAUGCACUUCACUCCCACACAUUAUCAAAUUUUCUCGACAUGAUCAUUGCAUUUUUCACAAAUAUUUUCUUCAAACACAAGAGCUUACAAAGCAAGAUUGCAAGAUUUGUUUCAAUGAAGUGAGACUAGAGCGUGGGAGUUACUCUUGUGUAAAACAAGGUUGCAAUUACGUUGUCCAUGUGAAUUGUGUCUUAGAGGAUGAAGAGUUGUACGAGUUAAUUGAGGACGAAAAGCAAUGUGAGGAGCUUGAAGAAAAAUCUAUGCAGUCUUCCAUCAUUCGUGUUAUUGAGGUGAAUGAAGCUGGGGAAGCUACAAAGAUUCAACAUUUCAGUCAUCAACAUUGCUUGGUGUUAGCAGACAAGAUGGAGGAGGAAAUUGAUAGAAAAUUUGAUGGGUGCAUGCUACCUAUCUCAAAUAUUUUCUAUUAUUGUUCAGAAUGCCCCUUUUUUCUUCAUAAAACCUGUGCUGAAUUGCCAAGAAUCAAGCAACAUUGGUUUCAUCAAAGCAAUGCCACCCUCAAUUUCGACAGCUUCAAGAAAUGUAACUUUUGCAGUCAAUAUUCUAGUGGUUUCUUCUAUAGAAUUAGAUAAUAUAUGUACAUGUGCACAAGGUGUGCUAAAGUUGCUGAUAUCAUUGAAUGUGAAGGACACCAACACUUUCUCUUUUUUGAUUUCAAAUACAAGGAGAAAUGUAAUGGUUGUGGCAUCAGGUGUUGGCGUGGUGCAUUCAGAUGUGGAAAGUGCAGAUUUGCUUUGGAUUUUGGAUGCUUAACAUUACCACAUUCAGCUCUUCAAAAAAUUGAUGAACACAAGCUAAAGCUUACUUAUCAUGAUGAUAAUGAGCAAAGUUAUUGUGAUAUUUGUGAGCAAUAUAGAGAUCCAAGGCUUUGGUAUUAUUCUUGUUCAAUCUGUGAUACUUCUGCUCAUCCCGAAUGUGUUCUUGGACAAUUUCCAUUUCUCAAGGAUGGGAGCACAAUUGCUUUUUAUAAACACAGCCAUGGUCACCAUCUUAAAUUUUUUAGGAAGGUUGAGGGCUUCCCUAAAUGUUCUAAGUGUAGUAAGUUUUGCCAAGAAGAAAUUUUCAAAUGUAAAGAGUCUACAUGCGAUUAUAUUGUCCAUUGCAAAUGUCUGGAUUUCUACGUUUAAAGCUUUGUGAUGUGUUUUGCUCAAAUGGAAAGCACUAGAGGUUUUAUCCGAUCCAAAGAGUUCGCAAAGGAUUUGACAUUUCAUUCCUACUUCUUCGAUGAAGGAUGUUCUAAGUGUGUUUUGAUUUAAGUGUUGCUUUGUUUAAAAUUUGUUUGAGUUUAUAUGAUUUGAACUCACUAUUACUUUGUUA